CUCUCCGCUCCCCGAAGGCUCGCGCUUAGUCGGGACGGACCGAGAGGCGAGGGAGCGCGGCGGCCGGAGCCCGACUCCGCUUGAAGGUAGCUGGGAAGGCGAGGAGGGAAGCUCGGGAUCGGUUGGGCGGCCCGGCCCGGAGCGCCUUUUCCCGUAGGCAUGGCAGCGAUUCGGAAAAAGCUGGUGAUUGUUGGAGAUGGUGCUUGCGGGAAGACCUGCCUGCUGAUCGUGUUCAGUAAGGACCAAUUCCCAGAGGUCUAUGUGCCAACCGUCUUCGAAAACUACAUUGCUGACAUCGAAGUAGAUGGGAAACAGGUGGAGCUGGCCCUUUGGGACACGGCUGGGCAGGAAGACUAUGACAGGCUACGGCCCCUCUCUUAUCCAGACACAGAUGUUAUCCUCAUGUGCUUUUCCAUUGAUAGUCCGGACAGUUUAGAAAACAUCCCAGAGAAAUGGACACCGGAAGUGAAACACUUCUGCCCUAAUGUGCCCAUCAUCCUUGUGGGGAACAAGAAGGACUUGCGGAAUGAUGAUCACACCCGCAGGGAACUGGCAAAGAUGAAACAGGAGCCAGUAAAACCAGAGGAAGGGCGAGACAUGGCAAACAGGAUCAAUGCUUUUGGCUACCUUGAGUGCUCAGCCAAGACGAAGGAUGGUGUGCGGGAAGUGUUUGAAAUGGCAACGCGAGCUGCCUUGCAAGUCAGGAAGAACAAAAAGCGCAAAGGUUGCCCCCUCCUGUAAAAUGGGCGCAUUGGCAGGUGAUGGGACUGUGCUGUCUGAAGUGUAUCUUUCCCUUUCCAUGCACCCCAUAGAUGGGGUAAAGGUGGAGAGGUGGAGCUAUUAGCUCUAUCUAGAAUAAAAAAUUUAACAUGCUGGCUAUGUCCUUCAUCCCUCUGCACAGUAAAGCUUCCUGGGACACACAAUUUAGGCAUCUACACAGUCUCUUCCUGUGUUGCAUGCCCAAGCUGCCUUUCCAGCUCUCUCAAGGGCCAGAGGUGUCUUUUUGAAUCCUCUUUAUAAACAGUGUCCUUUUUGUAUUGGGCAGGCAGUGUACUUGAACUAACUCUGUAUUGGUCUUUUGCUCCCAUUUUAUACUAAUCCUACUCUUCAGUGCUUUGUACAGAUUCACCAGUGCUUACCCUUGUCUUCCUGUUCUUACAAAUUACGGAAGCUAAAUUUCUGAAUAUUGCAAUCUGAAAAUGUGGAGUCUCCCUCCGGUUUACAAAUGAAUGCACUGGCUUCUCUCCACAAAUGUGCUAAAGCAAGCGGGGUAAGUCUUGCCAAAAUGGCCUCCUGGAUUUGCAUUAAGGAGCUGCGCUCUGUAGUGGUCAGAAAUAAUCCUUGCUUCUCUUUGGAGCAGCAGUGCCUUGUGUUUUGGCAAUACUGUAUUCUCACUUCAUUAAAUUAAUUCAAACUUGA